AUGAAGAAAGGUCUGAGCAUUUGCAUUCAAUAUUGCACUAACCAUGUCUAUAAGUCAGCGAGCACCUUCUACAAGCUCAAUUACAGCGAAGACUUUGAUGAUGAAGAAAAUAGUGGAGACGACAAUUUUGGAGACGAGAAGUUCUAUGACGAAGAAAAAAGCUGUAGUAGUGAUGAAGAUGAGAAACAAGAAGAAGUUACAGAUCAACGAAGCCGUGAAGCAAUUAACAGUCAAGUAUUGUUAGAAGAAGAAAUCUUGUCAACUGCCAGUGAUUCCGAAGAUUCUUCGCAGUUGUAUAGUGAUGACGACAAUGAGGAGGAAGAUAGCGGAGAAAGUGAAAGCUCAAUCUUUUCAGAAGUACGCAAGGAACCAACAAGGUAA